GAACAUGAACAUGAACAUGAACAUGAACAUGAACAUGAUGAUGAAGAUGAAGAUGAUGUUAGUUUUGCUUUAUCUUAUCAAUCAUCUUGAUGCAUCUCCGGUUUAUUUUCACGGUCGAUCAUCAUUAGCAUUAGAGUGGCCUAAAGGAUUAGAAAAGCCUAGGGAGAAUCCUUUACCAAACUCACGACCCUCUUCUGAUCCUAUUGGUCCAAAGUCAAUACCCGUUCAUGAUCCUACUGUUCCUCGUCCUCCUAUGUACAAGAUGGUUCCUCCUCCUAUCUACAGGCCGCCUCCUAUGGAGCACCUCACCACCAAUCCACAUGAUCCGUACGCAAACCCCACUCCUUCUGAUAGAACUACACGUCUUCGUGCUCGCUCUUGUAAAAUUGCUUGUAAAAGGGUUAUUGAUCUUGCUGUUGCUCAAACUGGUGCUCCACCUGAUGAUAGUUGUUGGGCAGAAAUCGGCAAGGCUGCUGUUGAACAGCUUUGCACUGAUACUUGUAAUCAGAAAAAAAGUGAGAUUCAGCCUAUUCUUGUUACAGCUGGAGGAGGAGGAGCACAAGGAAGUUUACAAGCACGGGUACGUACCCCUUGGAACAGGUCGAGUAACAUCAGGGCGAUUACGAAUGGGGAAACCUUGACCACUGUGAGGUAGAUGAUUAAACGUCAGUAAUGAAAGUAAGCACCAUCCGUUAAGUACAGGUUUUCUAUCUUUCGUUUGUGUUCACAAUAAAUUGUUUAAUUUUAUUUAACUGCUUUACUUAAACUAUGCCCGUUAAUUAUAGGUUAAAGUCAUUUUGUUUCAAUUGAGC